AAUAUUUUAUCGAAAAUGAAUGUUUUAAAACUUGUCGAUUAUUCUCCUUCUUCUGAUUCUGGAAAUGAUGAACAAAAAACUCCAAGAGCAACGCCAACUCCAGUUAUUUUUCGUGGAAAACGAGUUUUUCGAAGAAUUAUUUAUUCUGAUCAGAGACCGGAUGCAACGCCAAUUAAACGAAAUUCUAGUCCAGAAAAGGUACCCGAACCUUCAAAGUCUCCAAAAAGAUGUUCAUCUGCUACAAAAAAGACCGCUAAGAAAACUUUAAAUAAUGAGAUGAAAACGCCAAAAAGGAAGCGUUGGACUAAAGAUGAAUCGAAUAAAUUGAAGAUUGCACUCAAAGCCGCAGUUAAUCCAACAACAGAUGCCCACUGGGAGCGCAUAGCAAAGGCUCUUGGAGGUUUUCGUACAAUUUCUGAAUGUAAAGAGCAGGCUACGAAAUUAGAGUGGAAACCUCUGGAGGAAAAUGAUCGCAAAAAUAGUACUGAUUGUUCUGACAAAUUUUUCAAUGACAACACGACUGACGUUCGUUUUUAUUUUUAA